AUGAGUGAAACAUCUUCCGAUCCUCCAGAAAAACCGUCCGAGUGUCCAACUGAAGGAAAUGAAGAUGUGUAUAGAGCUACUUCUGAUGACGUGCAACCGUCUCAUUUCGACAUAGAAAAUAUGAAAAUUUUGUUUGUACAAGACAAUACAAAUUUUGAUCCUCCUGAUGAAGGCAAGAAACUAGAUGAUGCAAUGCAAACUGUAGAAAUUCCACAAGAUUUUGAUCAUAUUCUCCAGAUACCAGAUGGGGAAGAUAAAAAACGAACAGAAAACGGAAAGCUGAUCAAAACCAAACCACUUCUGUUUUUAACUUUCGACUUGCAAAAUACCUUUGCCCUACCUAAAGCCUACAUUGGUCACUAUUAUUAUAAGCAGAAGUUGAGUUGUUAUAAUUUGACAGGAUAUUGUAGUCUCAACAACACAGUUUACAAUGCUAUUCGGCACGAGUACAUUUGUGGAAGAGCUAGAACGCACAUUGCCAAUGCAAUAGUGAAAAUUUUGAAAGCUGUGAUAUGUGAUAAUCUCAACUUGAAAAAAGUCAUCCUAUGGUCUGACAGUUGUGUGCCGCAAAAUCGUAAUUCGAUUUUUCCAUUUGCUAUGCAAAAUUUUCUCAACUCUGAAGAUUCGGGAAAUUUGGAAUUGAUAGAACACAAGUACAGUGAGCCAGGCCAUGGAAAUCUCCAAGGAAUAGAUUGUGCUCACAGCUGUAUCGAGCGUUUCAUAAAACAUUUGGAAAUUUGGUCACCUCUAACACUAAUUAGAAUACUGAUUCACAUGCCUACAACAUGGAGAAAAAAAUUCAAAGUUAUGCAAAUGCAACUUUCGAAUUAUAUGGAUUAUCAAAAGAGCUCGUCUCUACUCAACUACCAAGUACUACCCUAUUCUAAAGUUAAACGUAUAGUUUACGACAAAAACUCCAUCAUGAAUAUAAAAUUCAGUGAAUCAUUCGAGGGAAAUUUGAAGAAGAUUAAAGUUAUACCAAAAAAGAAUACAAGAAGGGAUCGAAUCACAACCGAAAACACAAUGUUAACAGUCAAUCGAUUAACAGACCUUAAUAUUGGUUUGACAGAAGAAAAAAAGAAAGCAAUAACAGAAAUGUUACUUCGGAUGCCUGAGAUAGAACGUGAGUUUUAUCAUGCCAUAUUAUCAAAGCCUGCCAAGAAGAAGGAAAUGAAGAAAAGAAAAAUAAUGCAUCCCAAGAUAGAAAAGUUUUCCUAUUUCCCAUUUCAUUUUGUUUUCCUCAUUAGAGCUGCAAUGGAUUUGAAUUGAUUGUGCCUGAAUAAAAGUUACAUAAAGAUGAA